AUGACAAGGCCCGUCAUGGCGACUACAGCAGACUUUGUGGAUGAAACAGGAUGGAUUACAAUCGCCAUUCAGUAUCUGAUGACGACGCUAAUAUUGGUCCUAUUUCAAAACAAAACCAAUAAAAUCAUUGUGGAAAAGUUUGCUGAGAUCGACUGUGCACUACAAACAAUUAUUAAUGACGAUUUCUACAGCAAGUCACGCAAAGAUGCGAAUAAGUUUACAAUUUUAUAUUUUGUAUCUUGUAUAUUGUUAACAGUAUUUGCUAUAACCCUAGAACGUGAUUUCCCAAUACAAUAUUUAAUUUAUUUAGUGAUUUAUUUUGAACGAAAAAUAGAGGUGUUUAUGUUUUGCCAAAUUAUUUCCAUGCUGAGGCAAAGAAUUUUGGUAAUAAACAGUUAUUUCGAACAUUUUUUUAAAAACCGCAGAACAGCAGAAAAAUCGGACAUCAACAAUCAAGCAUGGGCUAAAGGAAGUAUCAAAUUCAUAGGACAGGUCUCUUUAAAAAAGUUGAAAAUGCAAAAGCUAGUUAAUGCCUACAAUAAGGUGGGAGAAUUAUGUUAUUCGAUUAACAGUGUUAGCAAUGUUUUUCUCCUAAUGACUUUUAUAUCUGCAUUUAUUUAUAUAAUCUGUACGUUCUGGUCAUCUUUGUACUAUCUUAAAUCAAAUAAAAGUUUCACAUCCUUGUUAAGAGUUAUCGUCUUCAGCGGCGCUGAACUAGUCUCAAUUAGUAGCAUAUCUUUCUACUGCGAAAGUAUUCUUGUAGCAAAAAAUAUAUUAAAAGCCUAUUUAAACAAAACAAUCAAUGAUUACAGUUUACCAAAACAUACGAGGAUGCAAGCAAAAACUUUUCUUGAAAUAACGCUAGUGUGGCCUCUGCACAUUUUUGUUUUCGACAUGUUUCCAGUUAACCUAAAAUUAAUACUUGAUUUCAUAAGCGUGUGCACUUCUUACUUAGUUAUUGUCGUUCAAAUUUCUCACCUUAUGUAA